UUUAUAUAACUAAAAAAUGCUGGUAUGACUCAUGUUAAUUAUGUUUUGCAUCUAAACAUAAAUGCAUAGUGUUUCUUUAACUCAAAUAAACAUGCUUUUCAUUAUACUUGACUAUGUAUUGUGCUCAUAACUUAAUGCAAUUGCUUUUUCCCUUUGAAUCUACUCGAUGUAAUUACUUCAGGUGGAUGAGGCCGGAUAUGACGCAACGGAAAGGGCGUUUCUUCGCGGCGCGAAUAUUUUGGUUUUAAUGGCGUCUCAGGUGUUUGAGUGGAUAAACCUGGUGUGAGUGUCACAUUUCAGUGGGUUGUCCAAAUGGCAGUGGCUUCUUCAGUCAGACUACGAGUCAUCCUUGGAGAAGACAGCUCUCAGCGUGUAAUUCUUCGUGAUGGUGUGCCACAUUCAAUGAGUGAACUUUUGGAGGAAGUUCAGAGGCAAUGUAAUUUGCCUGGAAGUUUUAGGCUGCAGUUCAGGGAUCCUGAUUUUGACCAUGAAUUCAUGAACCUUACAUCGCCAUCAGACCUCCAGGACAAAGCCACUGUAAAGGUUGUGUUUUCCCCAACUACCCAUGUUACUCUGUGCCAAGAUGGUAGCCCUCCUCCCCCCUAUUUUGGUGCUUCCCACAGUACAAACUUCUCUCCAGCUCUCUCUCCCUCACCCUCCUCUUCUGACACAGUCAUAUUGUCAACUCCUCCAUCUACAUCAGGGGCAUCGUCCGAGUCCUCACUUGAGUCUUCCUCAGAGUCAGCAAGCAGCUUGAAAUCUUCUCAAUGGCCCUCUGUCUUUGAUGUGCCCAGGUUCUCUUACGACAGUGAACUCAAGUUGCAACAUGCCAAUACAGCUUUCAAAGAAGGUGGAACAUUCCUCAGCCCUGAACCAAAACUGAAAUCUUCCAUUUUAGAUGGACUUGCAGAAGAAAUUGUGAAGUACAAACUUUAUCCAACUGAUUCAGACUUUGAGGAAGUGGCAAAAGCACUUAUUAAAAAGCACCCCUGCUUGAAAGAGCAAGGCUCAGUAACUGGAUGCAGUGGAUGGAAGGUUAGCCUGAAGUACAAACUUGGCAACUAUAGAACAAAACUGAGAAAUGUUGGAUGCAUGGAGGUCACUGUGAAUUCACUCAAACAUAAACCGCAAGGAAAAUCAAGCCCAGCAUAUGGUGUAAAGAAACCACGAAGAGCAGAAGUAAACUACUGUCCAUCAUUUCCAAGCGGCGAAACUGCUGAGAGUCUUGAGAGAGUAAGAGUGAACCUUCUUUCAGAAGGUAAAAAGAAGAACAAUGAUCAGACAUUGAAAGUGCUAAUGGACAAGACCUUUGCACUGAGAAGGCAUGAAGUUAUCCACGAAUCGCCUCUUAUCGCAGACUUCAAGACAAGAUGGCCUGCUCUUUUUAGAACAAAAGAGGUAAGCGCUGAAUUUGAGCGGAUUACAACCGUCCCUCUUCUGACGCGGUUCUUUUCCAAGCUGGAUCUUCACUCUGCAAAACUUCUCAAAGUGUUUGCCAAAAGAGGAGGAGUCCAAGGACGAAAGAUCAUGCAACAUGUGACGGCCAUGGCACAGAGUGACUACGUUGAAGUUAAAAGAGAAUCAGUCCUCAGAGCUCUGUGUCUCUACUUGAAUGAAGAGCCGGAUGAUCUCAUUCGUGAAUAUAUGGUUUCUGAUGUGGCCGCUAUUCAGCUGGGAAUUGACGGGACUGUCUUGGGGAUCUUUGCAACCAGAGUUGAGGGAGCUGAAGUCAUGGACCAUCCUGCAGAUGUUGGAGUGGUAAUCGAAGGUGUUGUGGUUCUGGAAGACCUUGCCAGUGUGUCUCUUGCCAUUGCACUGUUGUUUGGAUUAACUUAUGCCUUUAACUUGAGUUACCCUCCCAAAUUCAGGUACACUUUUGAGGUAAUCCAGAAACUCUUUCUGGAACUAGAUGCUAACAAACUGUCACACAAAGUUCAGGCUCUGAAAACCAAGCUCUUCAGUGAGUUGGAGUAGGGUUAGUUCAUGAUGGUCUUAAUUUCGGAAGUAUUAGGCUUGUGACGUGCUAAUUAUAUGCUACAGUUUGUACUGGAUUAUUAUUGAGGAUAUUGCUGUUGCAUUUUGCUGACAGAUUUAGAUAAAGAACUUUAGUUAAAUAUAUGCUGCAUGGUUAAAACCUUUCAAGAUCUGAUUUUUUUUCACAAUCAGAAUGGAGCAUUUUUUUGAGGCACCUUCAGGGUGAUGUUUUGCUUUGGAGUACACUUAUUUUACAUUCUAGACAUUUUGAACAGCCAUUUUGGAUGUGUAGUACUUACUGGCAUUACUGCUGUUAAAAUUUGGAAGGACAAAUAUUUUGAUGAUUACAACAUUUAUGUGAGAGCUCGUUAAAAUAUAAAAAUAACUCAUACAAAAACAAACACAAAUAUUUGAUGGUUACCACCUUUGUCAGGGUUAAUUGAUAUUUAUAUCUCAUUAAAAUAUAUCUAAUACAUCACUGUCAACUUUCUAGGCAAAAGUAUCUUUCAGUUUUUUUUUUAUUUUACCUGAUUUUAGAUAAUCACUUCUUAGAAUAUCCACUUUUAUGUGGACUGAAUUUAGAAAAAAAAAUAUUCGAUGGUUUCUACAUUUAUGAUAGAGGUGAUUAUUUAUAUCUCAUUAAAAUAUCCAAAACCAAAACCUGUUCUAUUCAAAUUAUCAAACAAAAACAAAUAUUCAGUUCUUUUAUUGCACUAGGCAGAUUUUAGAUUAACACUUAUUGAUUGACUUAUUAAUUGACAUUUAUUUUUUUCUGAUUUGUACUGAACAGUAAACAUAAUGAGCUCUCUAGCUUGUCUCUCUAUGCUACAUGCAUAUUUGAACUUUAUAUUGAUCAGACAUACCUCAAAGAACAAGCCUUGUGAUUUUAAGUUAAACUGCCCUUUUAGAAAAUUUGAAUUGAUAAUGUAAGGUGUAUUAAGUUUAUGAUCUUGAUUUCGGAAGUAUUAAGCUUGUGGCAUUGUGCUAGUCUUAUGUUGUUUUUAUAAUUAUUAAGGUUACUUUUGUUGCGUUUUGCUGACAGACAGAGCUAAAUAUUAAUGUAUUUGAAGCACUUUAUUCAAAUGUAUGCUGCAUUGCUAAAAAUGUGCACACUUGAAGCACUUUCAGUGUGAUGUAUUGUUUUGGGGUAUUUGUAUAAUUUACAUUUUAGAAAUUGACAUAUUGGAUGUGUAGCACUGUAGGAAACUUGAGGAAAUUAUAAUGUAAGUUAUGGAAUGGAUAUACAGUUGAAUCAACCUUGGUCCUUAAAAUGCAGUGGUUGUUUUUGUUAAUGUUUUUCUUUAGUGAAGUAUGCUGGAUUGUUCUGUUUUAAUUUGUUAAAUGUUGUACAGAGACACUGGAUGUAUGCUACAAAUUUUUGAAGUAUUGCAUUUACAGUAUGGACUUUAUAUUGCACUUUAAUGUGUUCACUUUUACCAGAAGGUAAAAAUGUUGUAUUGUACUUUCUGUAUGUUUUUCUAAUUUUUCUAAAUACAGAUUUGUACAUUUGUAA